CAGGACUCUUGUAUAUGUAGGAAGUGUCUGAGCCUGAAUUACUAGUUUCUGUUCCUCUACAUAAACUCCAUGGAUUAAAACUAUUUUAUUCCAUUUUCUUUAUUGAGCGCUAUUAAUUAUUCGCUCGGGGAUUUAAGCUGCAUGUCUGCAGCUACUGGGAAUCUGUCGAACACUUAGAAUUACUUUUUUGUGAAGUAUCUCUACUGCGAUACAAUGGCCAACAUUUGUCCAAUUACAAAUGUUGCAGAUUUAGUUUCUGAAGCUCGUCGUGUGUACCGGGAAACGUUUCACGGGGACGAUGCAAAUGUUGCAGUUUGUGCCCCAGGACGUGUGAAUUUAAUCGGAGAACACACAGAUUAUAAUGAAGGAUUUGUCCUCCCAAUGGCCUUGCCGAUGGUAACAGUUAUAGUGGGCAGCAAAACUUCUGGCCAGAAGUGCUGUGUUGUAACUCUGACCGAAGCUGCUGAUGAGCCCAGGAUGGUGGACUUUGAUCUCCCAAAUGAACUGACCCCACUUUUAAGAGGGCAGCCAAACUGGGCCAAUUAUGUAAAGGGAGUUGUACAGCACUAUAGAGCACGUCCCAUCCCUGGCUUCAGAGCUGUAAUAGCCAGCAGUGUGCCACUAGGAGGAGGACUCUCCAGCUCCGCUUCACUGGAAGUGGCUGUGUACACCUUCUUGCAGCAGUUGUGUCCAGAUGAUGGGGAUCAGGUAGCGAAGGCAGUGGCCUGUCAGCAGGCUGAACACACUCAUGCUGCUGUGCCCUGUGGCAUCAUGGACCAGUUUGUGUCCGUUUUGGGUAAAGAGGGCCACGCUUUGCUCAUUGACUGCAGGUCUUUGGAGGCCACUGCCGUCCCUUUGGCUGACCCUGGACUUGUAAUCCUGAUCACAAAUUCCAACGUUAGACAUUCUCUCACAGGAAGCGAGUAUCCCACCAGACGAAAGCAAUGUGAGGAGGCAGCGGCCGCUUUGAACAAGAAAAGUCUAAGAGAGGCUACUUUACAAGAUUUAGAGGCUGCCAAGGAUCGAUUGGAGGGUGUGACGUACCGUCGGGCACGUCAUGUGAUCGAGGAGAUUGAGCGCACAGCGCAAGCUGCCGAGGCACUGAAGAGAGGGGAUUACAAAGAGUUUGGGAGGCUGAUGGUGGAGAGCCACAACUCUCUUAGGGAUAAUUACGAGGUCAGCUGUCCAGAAUUGGAUGAGCUGGUGGUGGCAGCACUGGAGGUGGAUGGAGUGUUCGGGAGUCGGAUGACAGGGGGAGGGUUCGGUGGAUGCACGGUUACUCUGCUUCAGGCUCAUGCCACGGAGAGAGCAGUCAAACACAUUCAGGAGAAAUAUCAUGGAUCUCCAACUUUCUUCACAACUACCCCAUCAGCAGGAGCUCAUGCUCUCAGUCUGUGGUUUUAAACCAGUGCUAAACCAGGGAUUUUUCUUUCAAAUAACUCUGAAAUUUACAGUGAUCUACAUUUUUAUAACUAAUCAGUAUACACUAAUCAGAAUCUCUCUCUCUCCCUCUCUCUCUCUCUCUCUCUCUCUCUCUCUCUCUCUCUCAUAUAUAUAUAUACAUUUUCAAUCAAGAGGAUUUAUGUUGGCUAAUAAAGGAGUUGUUUGCUUUUAUUGACUUAAUAGUGAUAAUGGUGUUUAUAUACAAUAAGCAUAAGUAUAGCAUACACAUAGCAAGGACAUAAAUGUGUGUUUAAUAAAAAAAUUUAAAUAUAGAGAGUGUUUUAUGAUUAAAUACAGUGUACAGUAAGCAUAUGUAUUGUUUAAAUUUAGCAAGUACAUAUGAAUGUGUGUGUGUGUACCUAACAUAUAUAAUGACAUUUCCAAAAUA